AUGAUCUCAGCACUGACGAAGGAUCGCGUUCAGUCACUUAUGAAUAGUUUGACAUCUGAAGUGAUGGACGUGAGUUUUUUUAAUAAGAUCCACGACACCACUACAACUUACUCUCCGACUCCAAGUUACAUGGACAACGGGACCCGAUGCGGAGAGCCGAUUUUGAACUACGGACAUGUCGAGAAAGUGCUCAUCGGAGGGGUUUUGACCAUGCUUACGUUUUUAACAGUUUGCGGGAAUCUGCUGGUGGUCAUCUCCGUAUGUUUUGUGAAGAAACUGAAGCAACCUUCUAAUUAUUUAAUCGUUUCUCUAGCUGUUGCAGACCUGUCUGUGGCGGUGGUUGUAAUGCCGUUUGUCAGCAUCACUGAUCUCAUAGGAGGACAGUGGAUCUUCGGUCGUGUUUUCUGCAAUGUGUUUAUAGCCAUGGAUGUGAUGUGCUGUACCGCUUCAAUAAUGACACUGUGUGUCAUUAGCAUAGACAGGUACCUGGGCAUCACUAAGCCACUGACGUAUCCCGUGAGACAGAGUGGAAAGUGCAUGGCCAAAAUAGUGCUGUCUGUAUGGCUUCUCUCGGCCUCCAUCACCCUUCCCCCACUGUUCGGAUGGGCUCAGAAUGUCAACGACGACAACGUGUGUCUGAUCAGCCAGGACCUGGGCUACACUAUAUACUCCACUGCCGUGGCCUUCUACAUCCCUAUGUCCGUGAUGCUCAUUAUGUACUACCGGAUAUACAGGGUGGCGAAGGAUAGUGCCGCCAAACACACAAUCGCUGGCUUUCCUAAAGCAGAAGAUGAGGAAAGCGUGAACUGUGUUACUGCAGCCUUGAAACUGCAGCGUGAGGUGGAGGAGUGCGUGAGCUUUUCUCGCCUUCUCAAAAGUGACCGUAAAAACAUCUCCAUCUUUAAAAGAGAGCAGAAGGCAGCCGCCACCCUCGGGAUUGUUGUAGGGGCUUUCGCCGUCUGCUGGAUGCCUUUCUUUCUGCUGUCCACAGCGCGUCCCUUCAUCUGCGGCGUGCAGUGUAGUUGCGUGCCUUUGUGGGUGGAGAGGACGCUCCUGUGGCUUGGUUAUGCCAACUCGCUUAUCAACCCAUUUAUUUAUGCAUUUUUCAACAGAGAUCUCAGGACAACUUACCACAAUCUCAUCCGCUGCCGAUAUCGAAACAUCAACCGCAAGCUGUCAGCAGCCAGCAUGCACGAGGCUUUGAAACUAGCCGAGAGACCUGACCUGGUGCUGUAGGCUGUUCGUAUCCUUCAUGUCUCUCUAGGGACUUAAG